AUGGUGUCACAGUCUGCGGGGCGGCAGGACUCUCCUGUGGACCCCUGGGAAGGAAUCAGCAAUGACCCUGGCGACAUUGAUGGUUCACCCAGCCUCCUGGACACGGACCACCUCUCUUGCGCAUCAAACAUCAGGUUUACAAGGCACAGAGCUGCCUGGAUUAACCCCCAGUGUGUGCAGCAACAGCUGCAGGACUCGCCCCCCCAGGUGCCAGCAGUGGGAAACAGAGAGAGCCGUGUUGCCUGGGAUGCUGCCUCUCCCUUGGGCCCUUCACCGUUAUCUCUUGGGGACUCCGUUGUGGAGACAUCAUUGUCAAAGGGCACUGUGGACUCCACGGGCAGCUCCUCUGCCCGGGGCUCAGCUGAAAAAGGCGGUGACUUCUCUCUUACCUCAAAGGAAGAACGGGCAGUGCUCCCAGGACGCCGUCCUUGGACGCCUCUGUUCACAAGCUCCAAGAAUGAUUUGGCUGCCUCGCCGUGUCGUGAGGCUGACAAUGCUUUUUUCAAGCCUUCCCAGCUGACAGCUUCCACUGAUGCAGGUGCUAUUCAAGUCGGUGGAAGAACGGUUUCUUCAAAUUCCUUCUCACCAGAGGCAUUUGUGCUCCCUGUGGAUGUAGAAAAGGAAAAUACCCACUUUUACAUUGCAGAUAUGAUUAUAUCAGUCAUGGAGAAUAUGAAGUGUAGUAUUCUAAGUCAACAGCACACAGAGACCUGGAGUAUGGGAGAGGCCAGCAGGUCGCUCGGGAAUGAGCCGGCAGACUUGGAAGUGUUGUUUUAUAGCCACAUAAAGCAGGAAUCUGGCUCUUCCACUUCGUCCAACAGUGGCUCUGAAGGUUGUGCUGUGUUACAGGUCAGCCCAGUGGUUGAAACACCUACUUGCUGUGAUGUGAUGAAAGAGGACUGCAAAUGUGACUUGGAUGAAUUCGUUAUCGUAGAACUUGGAGAUUUCAGCAAUACCACAGAGACCUGUGGAUGUUCCUGCAGCUCCUCUAAGAGUGUCAUUUAUGAGCCAAACUUCAAUUCGGCUGAGCUGAUAGCCAAAGAGUUAUACCACCUAUUCAAGAAGUGCUGGAUGUCAGAAGUUAAUUAUCAGCUGGCAGGCUCCCUGAAUGCAGCUGGCUCCAUAGUUGUAAAUGAAGAAUGUGUCCAGAAAGACUUUGAAUCCAGCAUGGAUGUAGUACAGGAAAUUAAAUUGAAGUCGAGGAUCAGAGGGACUGGAGACUGGGUGCCCCCUAGGUUUCAAAUCAUAUUUAAUGUUCAUCCACCACUCAAGAGGGAUCUCAUGGUAGCAGCCCAAAAUUUUUUCUGUGCUGGCUGUGGAACUCCAAUAGAACCUAAAUUUGUGAAGCGGCUCCGGUACUGCGAAUACCUGGGCAAGUAUUUCUGUGACUGCUGCCACUCGUACGCAGAGUCGUGCAUCCCUGCCCGGAUUCUCAGGAUGUGGGACUUCAGGAGGUACCACGUCAGCAAUUUCUCCAAGCGGCUGCUGGACAGCAUAUGGCAGCAGCCUAUCUUCAAUUUGCUGCACGUCGGCCACGGCCUGUAUACGAAGGCCAAGGAGCUGGACAGAGUGAGGGAAAUCCAGGAGCAGCUAUUUCAUAUCAGGAAGAUGUUGAAGACCUGCAGGUUUGCUGAAAGGUGCUACUGCUGGCUGAGACUGGCGGGCGGGCCUGUGAAUGGGAGGUCUGAUAACCCCAUGCACUUGCUGACCCUUUGUGCCUCCAGGCCCAGCUCCUCCACAUGCAGGGCUUGCUUUCACAAGCAGUGCUUCCAGGCCUCCGAGUGCCCCCGGUGUGCGAGGAUCGCAGCAAGGAGAAGACUUCUGGAAAGUUUGCCCUCUGUGGCGACGUCAUGCCCUUGA